UCCAUAGUGGAUCUAACAUAAUAGUGAGAGUCCAGUCCAUAGUGGAUCUAACAUAAUAGUGAGAGUCCAGUCCAUACAAAGUGAUCUAUCUGAUUUAAAUUAUGUUAAGUAAUCCAGUUAGUUUAAAAUAUAUUUAUUUUACUUUAUUGAUAAUAUAUUGAUGGUAUUAUUAUUAUUUUGGAAUAUAUUAAUUAAUCAAAUGUAAUACAUUAUUACAAAGUGUUCUAGCUGAUUUCAAUUAUGUGAAGUGGUCCAGUGUGUUUAUUGUACUCCAUGAUAUAUUGAAAUUAUUAUAAUAUGUCUUUUUAAAAUGUAUUCUUAUAUUUACUGAUGUAUUUCAUUUGUAUUGAACACAUUGCUGCUAAAAUAAAAUAUUUCACCGAUUGAUCUUGCUAAUGCAAAAAGAAGAAAAGAGCCCAGUACGAAGCACAGUGAGGGUGUGACAUGUCCCGCUAGAUGAUGAGUGACGCGGUUCACACCAAGACCCAGGAGGAGUACGAGGAGGACUUUGAGAAGGAUCUGGACUGGCUGAUCAGCGAGGAAAGUCGGAGUGAGGAGCAGGGUCUGGACCAUGAGGACUUUGAGGCGGACAUGGACAAGGAGCUGGCAGAGGAGGAGGAGGAGGAGAAGAAGAAACCAGGAGAAGAGGAGGAGGAUGAAGACAGGUGGCCCUCACCUAUGGAACCUCUGGACUAUGACUCGGACAGAGACAGUCCUGCCAAGUCCUCACCUUUGGGUGUGGAGGCUCAGACCGAGGAGGAGAAGAAGUACAUCCAGGAGAAGAUCCAGCGAGCCAAUCGGGAGCUGAAGGACCAGGAGGCUCCGGACUUGAGUCGGAGGCGGAGGCUGCAGUUCAAGGAGACACUGGUGACCUUGGAGGUGCCUCCGUCGCAGUUUGUGAACGGACGUGAGAUGGAGGUGUCAGGGAAGCUCUCGGAGCUCAGACUGGAGGAAGAAGCCAAGGAGGGACGUGUCCUGGUGGAGAAGGACGGCAGGUUUGAUCUGGUCAGCCUCACAGAGGUGGAACAUCACGUCAUCCUCCCGCCUAUCGUGCACAACGGGAGCAGCUCCUCACCUCAAUCCCCCGCCGGCUCUUCUUCUCCCUUCCGCAAAGUCGACAACACGCCGCGGGCCCCCAGACCUCCAAAGGGCCGACCCAGCUCCGCCGGCCACGGCCAGAGAGGCGGCCCCGCCAGAGGCGGCGGACGUCGGGUGCAGUCGGCCAGCGGGUCGCCCUGCCAGGCCACCUUCAAGCUGUCUGCCCAGCAGAAGGAGCUGCUGCUCAAAGUCCAGGAGAGGAAGGAGAGGCUGGCCAGAGAGGCCGAGCAGAAGAGGAUGGAGGAAGAGGAGCAGAAGAGGCGGGAGAACGAGCUGGCUUUCAAGGCCUGGCUCCUGAGGAAGCGAGAGCAGCUUCAGCAAGAGAGGAGAAUCCACAGAGCCCAGGAGAUGGAGAGGAUGACAUCUAAGAGGGAGUCCAGUGAGCCAGAGGAGGCAUUCAAGGUGUGGCUGCAGAGGAAAGAGGAGCAGCAGCAGAGAGAGAAGCAGCUGCUACAGUUCAGGAGGUUGGAGGAGGACAGCAGCUACCUUCUACGCACUCGUGAGGAGUGUGAACGUGCCUUCAAACUGUGGCUGACCCGGAAGCGAGCGGAGAAGCGUGCUGAGCAGCAGGCUGCUCGGGAGCGUUCCCGCAGGUUUGUGGUGGAGGAGAAGCGGGCCAGACGCAUGAGGGACCUGCUGUGUACGGCCGAGGACACCAGGACCUUUAGGUUCACCGAUCAACUCACCUGUCGCUUCUGAGGAUGGAUUACACAACAUUUCUGCAACCAGAACCAUAAACUGUCACCAAAACCUGCAGGGAUGAUUGUUGAGUGGGUCCAAUCCUCACACAGAACUGUAUAUGUACUCACCACCUCUCAGCUAUGAUGAUGCAAGACUCACCAUCCGUCCUGAGAGUCACCGCUACCACCCGCCUUCCCGCUGCUGUGGCGUGGUCUCCGUCUCCCCUCCCUCUCUCCGCCCCGCAGGGUAAUACUGGUGAUGGUACAGGUGUAAUCUCCUUCCACACCUGCACGAUCCGGACUGCUGUCCUGUUGAAAUCCCAGUAACAAUUUACAAUCUUACAUUAUAUUUUUUAUGAUACAGUACUUUAAAUCCAACUACUGCCACCUUGUGGAGCUCAUAAACAUGACAGGAGGAUGGUAUAGGGCUGGGCGAUACGGCUGAAAACUGUAUCACGAUAUAAGUGUUUAAUAUCGAUAAUUAAUUAUUUUUUUUUGACCUAUCAUAAAUAAGGAAAUGUGAACAUUUUUAUUUGUAAUGUAACUUAUACUAAUUAUAAUCCCUCAGCUAUAGAGGCAGAAAGGAAAUGUCAACACAAGCAUUGAAAACACUCCAACAAUGUAAACAAAAUAGUCAAAUCACAUUGAACAAUAAGAUCCUAAAAUAAGGAAUAUGUAAGAAAUGCUUGAUCAAGUGUAAGAAAAUAGUGAGAAGAUGUAAACAGAGAAACCCGAGAAGAACUAUUUUCUGCAGGUUUACAGCCAGGAAGUUCCAGCUGUGCUCUAAAGGGUGAGCGCGGCUAAGGUGGUGCGGUAUUAGCGGUCUUGCCUUGCAUCAUGUACAGACCACAUUGGUCUGACUACGGUCCUUUUGAAAAAAUCCUAAAAAGUGCCAUACUGUCCAUGUACUUUUCCUUUUAUCCUUUUUUCUCACUCCAUGCAAAGAAUCAACCAAACUUGAUGGUUGAUACUGUCACCUGAUUGGCUGUUAGCGUGUCACUCUCACUGAUCAGCGAUCACUUCCUGCGUUGCUCGGUCACCAGAGAGCGAGUGUUUUUAUUCAUGCAACCAACCUCGCUUCCAUACUUCAGCUUUCGUCCCACCAAGAAGAAAACAAAAGUCAUACAUUUUAUUGAACACAUUAAUAUAGAUUACACAUCUAUUGUGAUGUAUAGUGAUAUCGUUUUAUCGCCCAGCCCAAGGAUAGUAGGUGGUUGCCUACAGCCACAGCUGUUGAAGCCAGUCUUUUUAGCACUAAUUAGACUGUUUAUUUGGUCAACUGAAUACAUGCGUUGAUUUACUUUAUGUUCAAAUCCCAAGAACGUUCAUCACUUUAAGUGAUAUUGAAAAAAAGGAUAUUAUAGACGACAGGGUGACAUAGCUCGAAAUAGGAAUGCACUCAACUUCACCUGGUAGUUCAUUUGGAGAAUAUAUCACUGGUUUUGUUUUCAUUUGCAUGUCAAAGAGUCUGAGUUUUCUACUUGUUCAAGCACGUUCACCACAGUGACCUCUCAACAUUCAUACUGUAUGUUUGUACAUUGUUGUUUUUUUAACUGUGUUUACUUGGUUGUGGAGGUCGAUGCACUUUAAGUUGGACAAAGCAUAGAGAUGGUAUUCACUGUAUAAAAAUGUAUUCUACUUUUUAUUCAUAAAGAUUGGGCUCUACUUGGUAGCUCAGCUGACCGAUAACUGAUUUUAGAUUUGAAAAAGUCGAGCCGAUUUUACUUUUGAUCCCAUACCAAGUAACAGUCAGGCUGGUAUCGGCUAAACUGAUCUGAUAUCAGUACUUUGUGCAAAUAUACCCAGAAAUCAUGAUCAUAAUUUAGGAUAAGGCAACUUUAUUUGUAUAGCACUUUUCAUACACAAGGCAAACUCAAAGUGCUUCACAGACAACAAAGUGAAAUGAAAGAAAAUAAAAGCAAAAUUAAAAUGCA